AUGGGAAGGUCUUCAACAGUAAAACCGAAUCCAACACUCUCAACGCGGCCAAUCAAGAUGUGGACAUGUCGUGAGGACAUUAAAGGCAUCACUCCACGAAUGCUGCUGAUUUCAGCAAAACACAGUAAUAGAAAAGAGUCUCCUGAUUCCGGAGGAAAGCCUGGUACGGUAGCGCCAGGUAGGACGGGGUUGCAGGAGUCAUGUAGGCUACCAAAACGGAAAAGGACUAGGAUGGCGAUCUGUACUUAUAACGCACGUACGCUUGCAUCGGAAGCGGCCAUCGAAGAUCUGAUGAUGCAAGCCAAGAAGAUCAAGUACGACGUCAUCGGACUGACCGAGACGAGACGACGUCACCCUCUCAACGCCGUAUAUGAAACAGGAGAAGAACUGUUCUAA